UGUGUGCAACUCUCACGUGUGAAUAGAUAAAAUGAUGGAUAGAGAGUAUAUGAUAAGUAAGUACUUUAGAAAAGUACUACAAGAGUGAUGAUUUCUUGUACUACUAGUUAGGAGCGUUAAAUAUUUUUUUAAUUUCUUGGGUCUUUGGAUUUUCUUAUUUCUUGGUCAUAUUGACUUUGUUAUGCCUGAGAACUAGAAAAAGAGUUGAUAUUUGAGUAUAGGGAUCAGAGUUUUUGCUUUCUAGAAAUCAUUUUUUGGUCGAUCCAAGCUUUGCUGUUCCCCAGAGAAGACACAAAUUUUGCAGGUUUUCAGGAGACUGUAAUUGGAUAGUUGUAACUCAAUAAUUAUUCAUCUUCAAGUAAAAAAGUUAUCGAGAAAUUACCAAGGAUGGCAACUUAUAUUCCUAGUCCAAACAAUCAAAGAGAUGCUGAAACAUUUCAAUAUUUUAGGCAAUCUUUGCCUGCUUCUUAUUCAGAAGCUUCAAAUGCUCCAGAAAACAUGAUGGUGUUCAUGAACUAUUCCUCUUCCGGGGCAUAUUCAGAUAUGUUGACCGGUACUUCCCACCAACAAAACGGCUGCAUCGAUAUCCCACCAACAUCACAACAGGAAAUAUUAUCGAAUCUUGGAGGAUCGCGGAUGGGAAUUCACGAUUUUUCCCUCAGUCUUGGCUCCAAUAUACCAUCCGCAAUUGGAAUUUCACAUGUCCAAUCUCAGAAUCCUAACCAAGGUGGUGGUUUUACUGUGUCAUUCAUAGAUGAUGAUAGUUCCCAAUCAAAACAACAAAGAAAUGCAGAUUAUUUGCCUCCGGACUUUCACAACUCGGAUGCUAUGAAAGGGUAUAAUUCUACAUAUGGUACGUCGAGUAUUGGAAGGACCAUUCCCAACUCAAAGUAUUUGAAAGCAGCUCAAUAUUUGCUUGAUGAGGUUGUUAGCGUCAGAAAGGCUAUCAAAGAGCAAAAUUCUAAGAAAGAGUUGACAAAGGAUUCCAGAGAUUCUGAUGAGGACUCAAAAAAUAAAUCAUCAGAUCCUUCUCAUGAGUCGAAAAACAACCAAAGUGAACUUUCAAUUACCGAGAAGCAAGAAGUGCAGAACAAACUGACCAAGCUUUUAUCAAUGCUGGAUGAGAUUGAUAGACGGUACCGACAAUAUUAUCAUCAGAUGCAAAUAGUGGUCUCAUCAUUUGAUGUGGUAGCUGGAGAUGGAGCAGCUAAGCCAUACACAGCUCUUGCUCUCCAGACAAUUUCCCGUCACUUCCGUUGCUUGCGCGAUGCAAUCUGUGAUCAGAUUCGAGCAUCACGAAGAAGUCUUGGAGAGCAAGAUGGUUCAGAAAACAGCAAAGCGGUUGGAAUAUCACGCCUGCGUUUUGUGGAUCAGCAUAUUAGACAGCAGAGAGCCCUGCAGCAACUUGGUAUGAUGCAACAACAUGCCUGGAGGCCUCAAAGGGGUUUGCCUGAAAACUCUGUUUCAAUUUUGCGUGCUUGGCUUUUUGAGCACUUUCUUCAUCCCUACCCGAAAGAUUCUGACAAAAUUAUGCUAGCAAGGCAAACUGGUUUAACGAGAAGUCAGGUCUCAAAUUGGUUCAUAAAUGCACGGGUGCGCCUUUGGAAACCCAUGGUUGAGGAAAUGUACAAAGAAGAAGCUGGCGAUGCUGAAAUAGACUCAAAUUCUUCAUCAGAGGUUGCUCGCAGAGUUGCAACAAAAGACUCAAAAGUUGAAGGAAGAGAAGAAUUGCACCACAAUGCAACCUCAGAAUUUGAGCAUUACAAUAGUAGUGGCCAAAUCUUGGGGUCAAAAUCUAACCAUGUAGCUGAUGUAGAAAUGGAGGGAGCAAAUAAUGCAGAAACUCAAAGUCAAUCUGGAAUGGAAAAUCAAAGAGACGAACCCCCGCCUGCUAUAGAUAAUUGCACCCUUGUCCAGGACGCAUUUGUUCAAAGCAGAAACAGGUUCUCGGAAUUUGGUAGUUUUGGAAGUGCAAAUGUACUUCCCAAUGGAGUUUCACUUACAUUGGGGUUGCAGCAAGGUGAAGGAAGCAACCUACCGAUGUCCAUCGAGAGUCACGUUCGUUAUGUACCAUUAAGGGCAGAUGAUAUAUAUAGUACAACACCUACUACUAUGGUCCCUGAAACAGCAGAAUUCAACUGUUUGGAUUCCGGGAACAGGCAGCAUCCAUUUUGGCUCCUACCAUCUGCUACAUGAUUUUGUAGCAUGAUGUGAGGUAGAAUUAAACUGCAAGUUUUGACAACAUCCAACAAGCAUUCAUCUUCCAUUGGGUGGUUAGUUUGAAGCUUACAGUAACAGUCUCAUUAAAUCACUGUUGUAAUAUAGCAAAAUAUUGGAUGGGAAGUUUCCCAACUUAUUAAAUCUGUAAAGUCUGUAAAGGUAUGUUGGAAUUUGUUCUAUAGCCAAUCCCAACUGCUUGAGAUUGAAGCGUAA